UUGCUUCCAAGAAGUGUACUUCGCAGAACAACUUGCACAGGAAAUAAACUUUUUUUCCCUCUGUUCUUCCAGAAAAUGAAGUAACUUUAUUGCCACGUUUAGUUCACUGGCUACCAAGAGCAGAAGCAGGAGGAGAAGAAGAUCGAGAGCAAAAAGUGAAUCGUAGGUCAAUAUUGCCACCAUAAACGAACUAAAAUUUCCAGAGUCCACCCCAAUCAUUCACUUUUUUUCUCCUUUCUGUUGAUCUUUACCAAGAAAUGAGAUGAAUGAAACGAUGUUAGAGGUAAAAUGUGGUAUGUAUAACUUCUGGAUGCAGAAUUGUGCAUAGGUUUGGAUUAGCAGUGGUGUGACUAAUAUAAUUCAUCUGACGUCUUAUGGAAGGUCGUUGGACGAGGUGACGAAAUGAUUGUUCCAUGGUUCACACCAUGGGAAUGACAUCUUGCACCGGUGCAAAUAUUAACACCGAAUUGACCGUUAAUUUUUAUUUUUUCAAUUAGUUGGAGAGAGAAAAUUAAGUAUUUUAACGUCAGUCAGGAAAUAAGAAGAGAACUUCUGAAUUUAAAAUGAGCGGGCUCAAACUCAAUGAUUUUUUUUAUCCAACACAAAACAUGAGACCUCUGAACUGACUCAUGCGGCUUGACUGACGCCGUUUCGAGCAAACAAGUUCAGACUUGUUUUGUUGUGGAGUUAGUCGAGUACCGACAAGUGAUAAACGUUCAAUCAUUCUGAGUUUGUUAUCCGAAGGAUCCAGUCGACAAGAAAAGUGCUCCAGAAAAUAAAAAUUAUUACUCGAAAAUCAGAUCUCAGAAAUAUUUGUGUGAAUAGCGAAUAUGGAGUCGGACGCCAACUCAACAAAGUCCAUCAAGACAUAUGUAGACUUGUCGGACAGUGACGACGAAAACGUGUUUACAGUUUGCAGCCGGAAGAGGAAGGCGCUUCCAAUUGUCUCUUCAGAUGAGUCAGAGUCAGAAGAUGAAGAAGACGAUGGUGAUGAUAUUCUGGACCGGUCCAGCCCGGAUCCUCAGCCUGAGUCAUCCAGCGAUAUGACCGCGGACUUGGACCUCCCACAAAAUUUUCAUCUCCGACGAUAUGGAAGGCUUUCAUGGAAUCUCCGGGAAUUGGAACGUCGUGAGGAGUUAAUCGAUUGGUUGAAGGAGGUGGAGAAGAAUCCAUCAGCAGGUAUGGCAGCAUUUGAUCCACGACGUGAGGAGCUUGAGCUUGCAGCAAAUUGGAGGCAAGAGGACCGAGAACAUAAGGAAGUGUAUUUUGAUAUUCAUAUAAAAGGUUCACGAGUAAAGGGUUACUGGGUACUAAAAGCUGAUGGAAAACGAAAUGUAUUGUCGUCUUAUUAUGGACUGGUCAUGAGAGGUAACGUUUCGCAAACUACAGACAACAAGAAUGCCGAAUAUAGGGAUCCGGAACACCCUCUUCAUGAUGUAAUUAAAGACAGUAACCGAACAUCUAACGAAGCUAAGCCCCCUAUGGACAUCAUAUACGCAGCAUCGCUAAUUCAUCCGGAUAACAUGGGUGUUGAUUUGUGGGAGACUAUUAAAACAAUUGAAUCGGUUCAAGUUGGGAAUAAAUUCGAAGAUUAUAUUGGGAAGUAUAACGGGGAUAGAGGUCAUUUUUCUAUUAGAACUUCGAACUUUUCCCCGAAGGGAAGUAACCAGGAAAUUUUCAACCGAACGGUUGAUAGCAACGACCCAUGUUAUUGUAUUGAGAAGAAGGUGAUCCUAUGCGACUCCACCUACACAAAGGAAAUUGGGGAAGGAUUCCUUAUGGCAUACGGACAGAAAUACAACAAAAUCCAUGGAGUCGAGCGAUACAUCAUAACGGAAACCUCAACCCCACCAUCCGAUCUGAUUAAGAAAGCGCAUAAGUAUGUCGUCGAUGGAGUCCCGAUGUUCGAAUUCGUGGAAGAUGAAGAUCUGGACCGGUCCAGCCCACCUCUUUGGGCUACUCUCGACCAAGUGACCACACUCCCAUACACCAUCUGUAAAAAAGAUCUGAUAAUCCGAUACGAUCCAAACUUUCCUGAUGACAAGCGUCACUACAAAACAUUCAAAAACUUUGAUCGACUAGUUGAGGAAUUUGGGUAUCCUCCUGAAGAGUAUUUCGUGACCGUUGAUGGUUCUCGAGACCACCUCCGAUACUAAUUUUAUAAGAUGUGUGCAAGACUUUCAAACCCAUCAAAUGUUUUUUUUAUUUUUUAUGAACUAUGUUAUGCAAAUUAAACAUUUUUCUGCUC